AUGGAGAGCUUCGACGACGCGACCCUGAUCGGCCCAGUGUCAGAUGCUGCUUUACAUGAUGAAAAUCUUCAUUCCGCCUCCCUUGACCCGAAUACACGAAAACCUGACGGUGAAUCGGGCGGCCCAUGUACCCCCACAUCCGAGCAGUCUGUGAAUGCAAGUCGCUCCCAGAUCGAGGGGAAUGCCCAGGAGACAGUCGAGGAACCGCCCAUUUUAACCGAGUUCCCACCGGAGGAAGAAGAUGAAGAACCACCGAUUGCCACAUCGUUUGAGCGCGAAACGUCACCCUCGUCUGGCCAGAAACACCGAUCACGCGUGGACGGCGAAGAUGAAGGCAUCAACCGCAUGCACAAGUUUACAGUAUACGAAACGGCAACUAGAUUUUAUAUGGUCGGUAUCAAUCUGGCCGAGACACGUUUUCGGAUCUUGAAAAUCGAUCGCACUUCGGAUUCGGGCGAGCUGAGCAUCAUCGAGGAUGGCAUGGUCUACACAAAGAGAGAAAUGGUUCAGUUACUCGAUACAAUCGAUGACGGGAAUAAGAGCUCCGGUGGCUUGAACCAGAAGUGCAGUGCAUGGGCUUUGCUCGGGUUUAUUCGAUUCACGGGCGCAUAUUAUAUGCUUCUCGUCACAAAGAGGAGCCAGGUUGCUAUGCUAGGCGGCCAUAACGUCUACCAGAUUGAUGAGACGGAAUUAAUCUCUUUGACAACACCAGAGUCGAAUCGCCUAAAACCAGAAAAGCAAUCAGAGGAGGAACGAUAUAAGGCGAUUCUCAAUAACCUUGACCUCACUCGGUCGUUUUACUUCAGUUACUCGUACGACAUUACGAGGUCUCUGCAGCACAACGUCUGCCGGGAAAGAAAGGCUCAUCUGGAUGGAUUGCCUCGCUUUUUGCCCCAGGACUACAAUACCAUGUUUGUAUGGAAUCAUCAUUUGCUCGCACCAGCAGAGGCAUGUCUCAAAAACCCUUAUCAGUGGUGCCUCCCGAUCAUUCAUGGCUAUGUGGAUCAGUCCAAACUAAGUGUUUUCGGACGACUAGUUUACAUAUCUAUCAUUGCCCGGCGGUCUCGAUUUUUCGCCGGCGCGCGCUUCCUCAAGCGUGGUGCUAACGACUUGGGCUAUGUAGCAAAUGACGUGGAGACUGAACAGAUUGUUUCUGAGCAAACGACAACAUCUUUCCAUUCGGCAGGCCCGACUCUCUAUGCCAACCCAAAUUACACUUCUUACGUUCAGCACCGCGGGAGUAUUCCCCUUUACUGGACACAAGAAAGUACCGGCGUCUCACCAAAACCCGACAUCGAGCUGAAUCUCGUCGACCCAUUCUACUCCGCAGCAGCCUUGCAUUUUGAUAACCUUUUCGAGAGAUAUGGGGCUCCAGUCUACAUUCUUAACCUCGUUAAAGCUCGCGAGAGAACUCCAAGAGAGUCGAAGCUACUCAAAGAGUUUACGAAUGCCGUAGAGUACCUCAAUCAAUUCCUUCCUGCAGACAAUAAGUUGAUAUACAAAGCCUGGGAUAUGAGCCGCGCUGCAAAGAGUCGAGAUCAAGAUGUCAUACAAACCUUGGAAGAGAUUGGCGGCGACAUAAUACCAAAGACAGGCUUCUUCAAAAAUGGCGUUGAUCCUGAAUCGGGCCUGCAGCUGCAGAACGGCGUGGCGCGAACGAAUUGCAUUGACUGCUUAGAUCGCACGAACGCAGCGCAAUUUGUUAUUGGAAAGCGAGCCCUUGGAUAUCAACUUCAUGCUCUUGGUGUCAUUGAUGAGACAACAGUUGAGUAUGAUACCGAUGCCGUCAAUCUCUUCACCAACAUGUGGCACGACCACGGAGACACGAUUGCCAUCCAAUAUGGAGGAUCCCACUUGGUGAACACAAUGGCUACAUACCGAAAGAUCAACCAGUGGAGCAGUCAUUCCCGUGAUAUGGUCGAAAGCUUCAAGCGAUACUACAACAAUUCUUUCCUUGAUGCCCAGCGACAAGAAGCAUACAAUCUUUUCCUCGGCAACUAUAUUUUCACCCAAGGUGCACCAAUGCUUUGGGACCUCUCUACAGAUUAUUACCUUCACCAUGCAGACCCACGCUCAUAUCUGGAAAAAAGACGACCUCAUUAUAUUUCCUGGUACACGCCUGAACAUUUGAAGGAACGAGAAAUUCCCCCACCUCCAGCUCGCCCUAAAGACUCGCUUUCUCGCUUUGACGAUUACUGGCUUGAAUAUUACCGCCCAUUAGCUCUAUCGACAUUGUCGAAGAUCUACUCUUACAAAAUGAACUCCACUCUUCGAUAUUUACCACCAUUUCGCGGAGGCAAUGUUCCCCAAGACCUCAGCCCAUUUGUGCCACGCAUAUCACCCUAUCAAGUUCAACGCGAUCGCCCCCCUCAGCGAACUGUGAAAAUUCAAGAACCAUCAAUCAAUCGAUCUGCGACAACAACGCCUAUUUCAGAGUCGGGCCAGAAUUGGGUGCGACAACCGCCUUCUUCAUCGAAGCAGGUACCGUCGGUUGGGAUCAUAAAAGAACCAGCCUUUGAGUUAUAUCAGGGUAAUGCUGUUAUUUCACCGAUUCACGCAUCGACAACAUCGACGUCCCCGAGUAAAGCCCAGAUUGCUCAAUGGACACUUGGUCAAUUAGUCACUGAUUCUUUGAAUCCAUCUGUGACUGGAACAGAAGCUGAAGAGUAUGAACGAUAUAUCAACCACCCCCUUAAAGUCCCGCUCGUUGUCACGUCAGAGGAUGAGAUGACAGCUGCAUCGCUUCGAGAGCACAAGCCGAAUCUGGAUCUACUGGAGUAUGCCAACAAGUGCAAUAUUGAAGAUAUAGUCCUUGAGGCUAAUGCGGAGGAGAACAUGGCUGAUUAUGCGGAAUUUCUCAAUGUAUCGGAAGAAGGACUCACCGUAGUCAAUGAGGACUACGAGAAGAAAAGGUACAAGCGAUACCGACAAUGGCUACGAGGGAAGAGUCUUUUCAAGCAGCGUGUCGAUCUAUGA